AUGGAGGACUUCAAUCUGGCAAUCCAGGAUGCUGAAUUAUUUGAGGCUCAAGCAAAUGGCUUAACCUACUCAUGGUGGAAUAAUCAAGAUGCUAGUCCUGUCUCGAAGAAGAUUGAUCAUGUGCUGAUUAAUCAUCAUUGGGCAAAACAAUUUCCAGAUGCUUUUUGUGAGUUCUUGGAGCCGGAACAGUCGGAUCAUGCACCCUGCUUGUUCAAUAUGCCGUCACUGCAGAGAAGGGUGACCAAACCGUUCAAGUUCUUUCAUCAUACAAUGGAUCACCCGGAGUACUUGGAGACAGUUCGAGCAGGAUGGAAUUGCGAUAAUAUCCAAGGAUCACUGCAAUUCAAGUUUGCAAGAUCUCUGAAAUUGCUUAAGGGGUCUAUCAGGAGGUUAAAUACUAGGCAUUACAGUGGUAUUUCUCUCAGGGUCAAGGACCAAGCGGCUACUGCGGCUUCUCUUCAACGUCAACUUCUCACUAAUCAUGAUGCUGAUACUGCUGCUCUUGAACAUUUUGAAAGAGGGAAAUGGCAAAUGCUGUUUAAAGCAGAGACAAAGUUCUACCGUCAAAAAUCUCGGGUACAAUGGUAUAAGCUUGGUGAUAGAGACACCAUCUUUUACCACAUGUAUGUGGUUCAGAGAGCACCAAAGAAUCACAUACACUUUCUUAGAGAUGCCACAAAUCAGAUGAUUGGAACUGCUGAUGGGAUUAAGGCUCAUGUGGUUGAUUAUUUCACUGAUAUUUUGGGGAGCACUGAAUUACAGAUUUCUCCAAUCUCGGUGGAGCAACUGAAAAAAUUAAUGCUUUUUCGCUGCUCUGAAACGUAA